GGGAGACGGGGCGGGCGGUGGGGCCGGGCCUCCGCGCUCGGGGCGUGCCGGGCAGCGGGCGGGCUGCUCGCACGGCAGCUCCCUGGCAGCUGCCGGCCGCUGUGUGCUCCGCUGCGGAGGGGCUAAAUGCCGGGUAUCGGGAUCAGUGCUGCGGCCCCGUGCCUCUCCUGCCCUGCCUGCACAGCUCCUGCCCGCUGCGAGGUGCAGUAAUUGCUGCGAGCUCCGUGCCUGCCGCAGUGUUUCCUGCCCAUAGUUUAUGAAAAGGAAAUGUUCAGCUGUUGGAUUUGGAUGUUCAUCUUGCUCUGCGGAAGUUCUAUAGCAGAUGAAAAAUCUAUCAGAGAUGCUGACAUUUUUCCUUCAUCUCCUGAAAUUGAAAGAGGAUCCACCCUGAAACUGUUUUGUGUUCUUGGAAAACACUAUACACCUCAAAGAAAUGCAAGCCACAUCAUCUGGAAAUUAAAUCAUGAAUUGAUUGCUCAGGAAAACUAUAACAUUGUGAAUGAGACUGUAUCUAGUGUAAUCAUCCAUAAUUUCACUUACAACAAAGCACAUGUGAAAUGUUUCAUCAAGUACUUAGGCAAAGAACAACUUUUGGUUCACACAGAAGUUAAAUCUGGCUUUCCACCAGACACGCCAGGAAAUAUUUCCUGUAUUUAUUACUUUAAUGUUGAACUUACCUGCAACUGGACUUCAGGAAGAGAAACAAAUCUUACAACAACCUAUACUCUUUACAGAAAAAUUAAGAAUACACAAGGUCUGAUUCUGCUGGACUCAGAGCUCUCCAGCUGCCGAAGCAAAACCGAGUCAUGCUCAUUUCGUCACCCAAAUAUUCCAUUUAGUACUUCGUUUUGUUUUCAAGUGAAAGCUCAAAAUGUUUUGGGUGAAGCUAUAUCAGAGUGUGUUCCUAUUACUAUGGAAAGCAUAGAGAAAUUUGAACCUCCUGAAAUACUUUCCGUAAAAAAAAUUGCUGGUAUAAAGCAGUUGCUCACAGUAACCUGGAAAAUACCUGAGGAUAUUUUACCUGCACAAUAUUUAAACUGCCAGGUUCGAUAUAGAAACUUGUAUUCAAACUCUUCGGAAAUUGACAAUGUCGCAGUAACUUCUGAAGAGAAAGUAGUAUCACUUAAUCUCACAGGUCUGUGGGACUCCACAGAGUAUUCAGUUGCUGUUCGGUGUAUUGGUGUUGAAUCAAAAUUCUGGAGCGAAUGGUGUAGAGAGAAAACAGCAAGCACAGAGGAUAAAGCUCCCUCAGGAAAAGUGGAUUUGUGGAGGAUAAUUAACUCUUCACACCCAGCUGGAAAUAGACCUGUACAUCUUAUGUGGAAGCUACUAGGCAACAUUCCACACCCUGGGAGAAUUCUAGGCUACAAAAUACAGUAUUUUCCAGAAAACAAUGCUGCGCUUCAAAUGACAAAGAUCACCACCAAUAAGAAAAUUGUAUUACCUUUGAAAGAAGAGGCAUAUAUAAUAUCUGUUACUGCCUAUAAUUCUGCUGGAAGUUCUCCUGCAGCUGUUUUGAGGAUUCCAUCCACUGAUGAAAAACCUCCUGAGAUUAUUGAAACGGUAAGGACCUUUACAACAAAUGAAGAAAUGAUUGUGGAAUGGAUAACCUCUGAACCAGAAGUAACUGAAUAUGUCGUUGAGUGGUAUGAGGAGCUGGAGACAGAUCCUUUCAGUAGAUCAUGGCAGUAUAUAUCAAAUUCUACAAAGUGGAAAGCUAACAAAAAAAUCUUUAAACCAUUUGUAUGCUAUAACAUGUCAGUGUAUCCUCUUUAUGGCAAUAAAGUAGCAGCUCCAUAUUCCAUACAAACUUAUGUUCAAGAAAAAGAGCCAUCAGAAGGUCCUGUGGCUGAUACAGAUGUUCUAGGCAAAAAUGAAGUUGUAAUAAAAUGGGAGGAGAUUUCAAAAGAUAAAAGAAAUGGCUUUAUCACCAACUAUACAAUAUUUUAUAAACCUGAAGGUGGAAAAGAGUUGAAUGAAACAGUGAACUCUGAUGUUCUGCACCACAGACUGAAGUCCUUACAGGCUAAUACACAAUAUACUGUCUAUAUCAUGGCAAGCAAUAGAGCUGGUGGAACCAGUGGAGAGCAAAAAACCUUCAAGACUUUGAAAUUCAAUAAAGAAGACAUUAUUUUUAUUGCUAUACCCGUUGGAUUAAGCAUGUUCUUUCUAUUAGGCCUUUGGAUAACAUGCAUUUUGAAAAAACACAUGUUUAAAAAGGUUUGCUGGCCUGAUAUACCCAACCCUGCAGAGAGCGUUGCUGUGGAAUGGCCUCUUGAUGCAUCCAUGAAUAAUUCGUUUUUGAAGGGAGUGACAUAUGAGGAUAAAACCUUAGGCCUGGAGGACUUAAAUGUUUUGGAAGAUUGCUUUCCUGAAGAAGAUCAUGAAGGAUUAUUGCUAAUGAACUGUGAAAACCAUGUUUCUGAGUGUACUGAUACUAAUGCAACAGCCGUACAAAAUAUCUCCGAACACAAAAUAACUCUGUUAAAUGGAGAAAAAAAGAUACAGUAUAAUGAAGAACAUGAAGUUGCUAAAUGCCUUUCACCAUCUAUGCCUUAUGUAAUUACCGGUGAAGAUUUCAGAAGUCAAAUGCAUUCAGCUUUGAUACCAGCCAAGAAAAUCCAACCCAUAGAAAUGCUGGAAGACGAUUUACGUGAAACCCAACAGAUUUCAGAUAAAAAGGAAGAAAGUGAUAACGAAGAAGUUUUAAAGCUGGAAGAUUUCAGUGAAAAAACAUUGUUCAACCCAUACCUUAGAAAUUCUGUUAAAACAAGGGAAUUUCUGAUUUCUGAGAACUUGCCAGAACAUAGUAAGAAUGAACCCAAGAAGCAGCCAACUGUUUUACCUGCUUUUCAACAAAAUGCUGUAGGACAAUCCUAUGUAACACUGGACAUGGUUGGUCUGGCCACAGCUCAUUAGCAAGAGAAAACUUCCCGUGUACAGGCCCAUCUUGGCAGUGCUGCUUUUACAUAUUCAUAUGUGCUAACCUGGACGAUCAUGGUUACUUUGGAUGAAAUUAUCCCAUUUCUUUGAACAGCUGUGAAGUUAUCAGUGCACUGUGUUUAUACCUGCUGAGGUUUUAGUGUUGUGGUGUUUUUUUAUUUUUAUUUUUUAACCAUGUAGAUGUGUCAGUAGUGAGGCGUAGGAGGUAAGGUAACUUCUGUUCUUAGUUCUUGAUUUUGAUUUCCACUGUGACAACAUCCAUCAGUGCAAAUUGCUCACUGAUUUCCCCCCAGGCAACCAGUUGCAAUGACUGAGCACUGUUAGGGCAAUGUGCACAAACUUGAGGGGAGCCAGUAUUUGCCAAAUACUUCCUUAAGUUACAUGAAGUAGAACCGCUUUACUAUUUUUAUCCUCCCCCCACCUUGUUUUUUAUCUGGUUUUAUGUGUAGCAUUCCUCCUGUUCUGCAAGUAGUUGGCAGACUUCAGUAAUCAUCCUUCUGCAUCCUGAACACUGAAUCAGCAGUUUGGCUCAUAGUUUCCAUGUCUUUAAUGAGGGGAUAUGUUGUGUAUAUGCUAUUGAUUUAUCAGCAUUUUGGGAAAUACAGGGUUAUGUUGGCUUGCUGCCUUCCCUUUCUCUUGUUUUUAAUCACACUCCAUAUUUUGUGCUACCUCUGUUUCCUGCUUAUUCACCACUUUUUUUUAUUUUUAUUUUUAUUUUUAUUUUUAUUUUUAUUUUUAUUUUUAUUUUUAUUUUUAUUUUUAUUUUUAUUUUUAUUUAUUUUUAUUUUUUUACUGUUUACUGCAAGAUAUCUUCUAAUCUUCUUGUUACUAUGCCCUUAAUUUCUCCUGUUUUAAAACUGUUUUCCUCAGCUGGAGUUUCAGAAUUUCAAUCUGGAAAAGAAAGCUAAGUAUUGCAUCUUCUGUUAGAAUAAGCACUGAAUUUAUAUCUAGGAAAGUGUUUUUCUUAGAGGUAGUGGAAAAAAACACCAAAUCUACCAGAUAAACAUAAAUAUCCUCUGAUAACUGAUUAAGUAUUAGAGAUUUCUACAAGCAGACUGUAACUUCUGUCUUUUGUUUUAUGAUUCUGAGAGGUCAAAACCACUUACAGUUUUGAUUGUAUAUAGGCAGCAAAAGUAUUAGGCAGGAAACUCCAAGUUAUUUGUUUUCAGUAGGAAAGAGACUAUCGCUGUAAAAUUCUUACUAAAAUAUUUUAUUAUAUUAUAGGUAAAAAAGAAAAGAUGGAGUCAACUCUAAAUAAAGUGUUUAAAAGGUGUUUGGUGUGACGUUUGUGGCAAAUGUGGUCACUCGAAGACUUUAAACUAUUUUGGAAGUAUUUAAAGGCUUGACAUUAUCACUCUUGUGCAUGACUAUGGACUUCUUCAGGGGAGAAAAAGAACAGGAGUAGUGGGGAUGGAAAAAGGAGACAAAGAAGAGUAGGCAUAGAAAGCCUCCCCUGUGUAGGAAGAGGAGUGGGAGGCUUAUGCCCUGCGAAUUGUUAGUAGGUGUAUCUUCUUUACUUACUGGAUUUUUAGUUAAACAUUCUGUGUUUUGUUAGUAGAGUUACUACUAUUUACCUCCACAGCGUUUAAAAUUCUCUGAACAGAAAUCCCACAAACUUACAUAGAUUAGCCUAAUGGACAAAAUUAGCACAUUCCAUAACCAUAUGGAAUAUAGAAUCCAUAUUUCUGUGUUCCUCAUGUCCUUUAAAAUCCCCUAAAUAGGGGGAAAAAAAAAAAAAGUGCACUGGUAAUUAAUGCAGGGGAAAGAAGGAGUCUUUCUUCCUCCAGUUAGCACUCCUGUUUGGUGCCUGCUCCUCCACAGGUGAUGUGAUUGCUGCUGAACAGCUGCUGUAGGCAUUGAGCUAGUGGUCUGUCCCAGAUAACGCUGUUAAGAUUGUGUUUUUCUUACCACUAUGUGUAUUUAAUUACAAAUAACAUACUAUCUUUUACUGUUCCUGAAAAAUGAAUUUAUUAUGAAUAGAUUUCUCUUUUUGAGAUAGCUGAUAACCUCUUAAGGUAGAUGUUUCAACUUGUGUUCACAAGUGAGGACACAAGUAUGUUCACAAGUUGUUCAGAAGCAUUUCAUUGCUAGUCCAAGUUUGGUAUCUCCUGCAGCAGAGGUAAAUGCUUACAUGCGAGAGAGCCCUAAUAAGAGCACAGUGUAUGUGAGGGGCUCACAGCUGCUUUUCCUGGCUCAGCAAAUGAGUUCAUCUCACCCUUGCACAGUCAUUUCAACAAUUUCCUGCUUUCUUUCUUUUCUUCAUUUAUUGCACAGGUCUGCCAUUAGACUCCAUGCUUGUAUGUAGCUUUAAGAUUUAACACUGUAAGAUGCACUCCAGUUAUAAUCCACCCUGCUGAUGUUAGUUACUCCUCAGGGCAGACAGGACUUGAGAAUUUAAUGCCAUUUGAAAUUUGAUCCUGUUACAGGCUUCUUACAGGGCACAGCUUACCUUAAAUUACUUGCGUGGACAUUUUAAUUCCUCCCCCCCUUUUUAUCUCCCAUUUGAGUUUCAGACCAAGAAGAUACAUAAAAGAGAUACUGCUUUAUAUACCUGUCUUUACCGUAUAGGCUUGUAUAAAAAAAAAAAAAAAAAAAAAAAAAAAAAAAAAAAAACAGAAAAAGAAAAAAAUUAUUAUCAGAACAACAAAAUCUAAUCUAAAUCUCCUCUCUUUCAAUUUAAAGCCCCACUGCAUUCAAUUUAAAGCCAUUCCCCGUUCCCCUAUCACUCCACUCCCUGACAGAGACCCUCCCCAGCUUUCCUGUAGCCGCCUUUAGGCACUGGAAGUUGCUCUAAGGUCUCCCCAGAGCCUUCUCUUCUCCAGGCUGAACAGCCCCAGCUCCCUCAGCCUGUUGUCACAGGAGAGGUGCUCCAGCCCCUUGAUCAUCCUCAUGGCCCUCCUCUGGAGUUGCUCUAGUGGAUCUAUGUCCAUCUGGUGUCUGUGUGUUUACUGUACCUGCUGCUCUGCUGUUAGAUUGACACUGGUAUGUGCCUUGGCUUGAGCCCCCGAUGCUGGAGGGAGGAAGAGGAAGACUCUGCCUAGUUCAAGGCUGUCUCCCCUUUCUCUGUCAGCACAUCUGCAUUUCCCAUACAGGAAGGUGGCUGGCUCCUGCCCUUCUCAUCUGAGUGCAAACCAACACUUCAGCAGCACAGAUGAUCAAGAAGCUUGAGGCACAGGCAGGCUCCAGUCCCGAGCUACAGUGAUAAUGUAGAUGUUAUCUUCCAGUGCCUCCAUCGCGCAGAUUAUUACUGUGGGCGGUAACAAGAUAAUGACUUUAAAUGCUCCGCGACUGCAGCUGUGAUAGGCAACUGGCAUGGUUCAGCUGAGCAGAUCUUUGCAAACAAAGAUCCGAGGGCCACAGUGUUUAGCUGUAUUUCGUAUGUUUCAAAAUGACCGGGAGGAGCAGGGGUGAGAGGUCCUGCUGACUGCAGCCUCGUGCACAAACCAUGGUGCAUGCAAUGUGCUGUGCUCAUGAGAGUGAGGUUUCAGCUGGUAGUUUCUGCAGUUACCAAACGUCCAAAAUUGCCAGUAUCAACAAGAAAAGAUAAUGAGCCAACUCUGAUGCUCUACUUCAGAGAAAGCUCAGAUUUUCAUUUUGAAAUCUCCCUCAAUGGAUUUGUGUAAGAGGGCUUUGUUUUGACAGCCAUGGGGUUUCAGGUAUUAGAGGUAGCAUUUUAACUUUGCCAGCCAAGAUGUCAAAACACAAAACAGUGAAGAUUCAACAGCUCAAUGUGUGGGAGGUUGUUUAUGUAUCAAGCAAUGCAAUUCUGAAUCUCAGUGAUCACACACACGAUGCAGUGUUUUAGAAACAAAUGCCACGCUCCUUAUUACAAGACAUAAGCUGAGAAUUUGUAUUCAAUGGCUCUAUGCUUUGGUAGGACCUAUUCUGAAAUAUUCAGGUAAGAUACUCUGCCAAAUGUUAAUUGGAAAUAACACACAGAGUUUAUAUAACAUGUACAUGAUUUGCGUCUGUGUAAAAUUGAUCUUUAACAUGCUGAAUCCACUGCAAAGAGAGUCAAAGUCUCAUUUUGCUUCUCUGUGUCAAUGUUUGUGAUGUUCAUAGCAGGAGGCAGGGCACAUCCUCAGUGCAGGCAAGCCUUGAGCCCACAGGUAUAUGGACUUAGUCUAAAUUCAAGUAGUUGCUAAUAGCAAUGCCUUUUGCCUCCUGGCAAGGGAGAAGUAAAGAAGUAAAGGAAUAAAUAAGUUCUUGUGUUGUGUUUGUCUUAUGGCAAUUCAGCAUUUAUCAGAAAAUGUGCUACCCUCAUAUAAAUAGAGCAUGUCUAAAGCAAUUGUUUGUCUAAAAUAUUGUCCUGUAUACAGAGGAUGACAUUUGUAAAUGGCGCAAACACUAAGCAUACUUUUUGUAAUACUAGCUGUUCUUAAUCAUAAUGUUUACUGAGUGUAUUUAUUAUAAAAUGCAAACUCUACCCUUUCUGAGUAUGUGUUGUGCAUCCCAGUUGGAUAAUUUAGGAGUGAGGCUCUGAACAAAAUCUUUGUAAUCUUUUUUGUCUUUGUAAUCCUUUCUGUCUUUGUAAUCCUUUCAUUCACAUUUCUUCACAGUUUUGCUACUUAAGAGAAUUUUUUUUAGUGUUUGACAAAAUACUAAAUUAUUCUAGUGAA